AUGAGGUCGUGUCUCCUUGCUGCCCUCCUCCAUAUAGGGGUUAUCGCCGCCGCGUCCGUGGAUCCUCGCCAGUCCGGCAGCCUCCUCGUCGACGUUGCCCCCGAUCAUCCCCGGCCAUAUGUCCUACCUAGAUUUAAGGGUCGGACUAUUAAGCUCACGCCCUCGGACAUCAUCCGCUUCGCCAUCACGGCCAACUCGUCCGACGGCGCCUUCUCCAUGGUCCAGCACAACGGCAAGUCCUCCGGGUGGACGGUCGCCCGGCCACACACCCACGAGCACGUCCACGAGCACUUCUACUGCCUGCGGGGCCGCGCCGAGCUCUGGGCGCAGAAGAACGUCACGGGGGCCAGCCACGAGGCGCGGGUCGCGACGGUGGGCGACUACGGCAGUGUUCCGCCGGGCACCAUCCACACGUUCCAGCUCGUCGACCCGGACAGCCAGCUGAACCACGUCUUCCACCCGGGCGGGUUCGAGCACCUCUUCGACGAGUUCAGCAUCGGCGACUACGAGUCCGUCGUCGGGUCGCCGUAUGUGCCCCUGUCGGGGGACCCGGAGCCCUUCGGCCCGCUCACCCCCGAGAUCGACGCCCAGCUCCGGGCGCUGGAUCUUAUCGCCGCGCCGGCCGAGGAGUACAAGCCGCGGAGAGACAUGAUCAACGGGACUGCGAGCGACGCCGGCCUGCCCUGGCAUGACGGGCCCAAUACGCUGCCUGAGGACCCGACAGAACCGUACUUCGUCGCCCACAACUAUGGCCCGGCGUACCUCAAUACUGAGAUUGGGUACAAGGUGAUCCAGCCGCUUGUCACUCCCGCGCAGACCGGUGGUAACUUCACCAUGGGCACCAUGAUCCUUUCCCCGAAACUUGAUAACGAGACGACCACGGCCGUCACACUCCCCCACCACUUCGCUCUGGAGCUCCAGGAGGGCCAGUUGAUCCUCACGGUUGACGGGUUCGACACGGCGAGCCUGCUGCAGGGAGACGUGGCAUUCGUCCCUGCCAAUACGUCCUUCACCUUCCACGCCACAGUUCCCUUUACAAAGUUUCUGUACAUGAGUGGUGGGGGGCAGGGUCUGGAUCAGAAACUGCUGGAAAAGAGCAUUGCUUGGGAAUUCCCAGCAUAUCCGUCCUACGCUGGCUUCCAGGGUGGCAACUAG